AUGAGAUGUAAAUAGUUUUCUGUGGACGUCAAUGGCUUUGAUGACGAAUGUCGGGUGUGUGGUGUAUCAGAGGACAAAAAAGCCAAUAGUUGCUCCACAUUGGAUUAAUAACAGAACUGUUCGCGGAGUUGUCUUUCAAUAAUCAGGAUGGAAGCACUAAAGCUAAACGAUCAAGAGCAGCGACUUUAUCAGGACCUGUUCCAUUCGUGUGAUGUUGAGGGAACAGGCAAAGUGUCAGGAACAAGUGCCAUUGAACUCCUCCGAACCGCUGGGCUGUCGGCAGACACCUUGUACGAGAUAAUGGAACUAUGUGGUGCAAAGCGACUUGGGAUGUUUGGCCGCAGUCAGUUCUACGUGGCACUGAAGCUGGUAGCAGUUGCCCAGAGUAAACUCCCAGUCACCUUAGAGAGUAUUAGUUCAGAUGUUCCUCUCCCUGAGUUUAAGCGUAAUUUAGAUCAAGGCUCUCUGAGGGUGUCAGAGAUAGAGCAGGAGGCUGCAGCUGGUGAUAUUGGGAAAUCUGGUCAACAACCAAUGGGUCAGCUUCCGCCCCCACCCACCAAGAAACAUGCUCGUAAUUUAUCUGGUCAGUAUCGUGGUGUACCAGGACAUCCACCUGAGGGGGCCCCGCAAUACCAGCCCCAUCCACAGGUGGUAAAUGACUCAAAAGGAGAAGCCGCACACAAUUCCAAAUCACCAGUGCUCCCCCAUGAGACAUCCCCACCCACCUCUCCAAGAAUAAGGGUCCGGGAUGGGGUGUCUCAGGAGGACCCCUCAGUCAUCACGCAACCCCCAUCACAGCCCCCUCCCCCAGGGCUAAGGGUCCAGCCAGUACAUCCUGUGGGGCAUAUCAUCCCUUCUCAAGCCCGGAACAACCUCACUCUGAAUUCCGUACACGACAGUGGAGGGUGGGCCCAGUUUGAGGAUGAUGAACAUCAUGGACUUUUGGGAUCAGGUGCCAAAAAGUCGUGGGAACACCUGGAAGGUCACACCAUCGACACCUCCUCCAUCAGCUCCGAGAAUGAAAGUAUUGAUGAUGUUUGGACAAUAUCGGAUGAGCAGAGAGAGUAUUAUAUCAAUCAGUUUAAGACAAUGCAGCCAGAUUUAUCAGGUGUCAUUAAAGGCAAUAUUGCUAAGGAAUUCUUUGAGAAGUCAAGGUUACCAGUUCAAGAACUUUCCAAAAUAUGGCAGUUGUCUGAUUUUAACAAAGAUGGUGCCCUGUCAUUAGAGGAGUUCUGUACAGCCAUGCAUCUGGUUGUCCUGAAGAGAAAUGAUGUGGAGUUGCCAGAUCAUUUACCACCUUCCCUUAUGCCGUAUUCCACACUAGUCAAUGAUGAGCCAUUUGCCUCUGACCUCCCCCCUGGAAGUACCAUCAAGAGAGCAUCACCAUUGUCUCCCUCAGCCAGUCAGUGGCCAUCCACAUUUUUAUCCGACUCCCCAUCAUCCAGCGAUAUUUCUUCCCCCGUAAUAAAGCCAGUCAACUUUGAGGUCAACCUUGUGUCUCAAGACCCAGAAGCUAACAUAGUACAUCCAGUAGCAUUACGGAUGUCCCCUGAUGGUCACAGCUUCCCUACAGUAGAGGCCAUGGUAGACCGCUCCCGGACCACAUCAGAUCCGGUCCAUUACGAGACAAAUCAUGACCCUCCUGAUAUGUUAAUACCUUCCAAACCCCGGUCCAGCACAGAAUCAUCUAGCGCUGAGCCUACGUCACCCAUCCUCAAGCUGCAUGGUAACCUUCAUGGCCGACCACGACCGGUCCCCAAGAAAUCAGCUUCAGCCACAUUACCUGGUCAGCUUCAGCCACCUCCCCUACAACCCUCUAGUCAGCCUGCCAUAGUACAGCCCAGCAGUCCAGACGAGCCUCUGACCAGCCCCUCAGUACGCAGUGACCUGCCCACAACUGUGCCAGCCCCUUCACUCCUGGAAUCCACCUCCUCUGGGGUAGGGGCCAGCCCAGCACCCCCGCAACUCCCUCCACGACCCACUAUGCAUAACAGAAGUGUGUCUGUGGACCUCAAGCUAAAGAUUGAUGGUGGACUGAUGCCUCCUCCUGCCGUUCCACCACGAAUGUCUCCAAAAGAUGUGAGUCAUUGGUCAGGCCCUCUUUAUAUGGGUCUUAAGAAACCGAGUGAGAAAUUCACUUUUGGACCUGUAGAUUGUGAUAGGCCAGUCAAAGUCGAAGCUGCCAAGCUAAAGCGUUUUGAACCGAUUCCGUCACAAGAAGUUCUCAAUAUCCUGUCCACGGAGAAAGAACCUGUGGAGACAAAGUCUUUCAGUGGGCAGAGCACACUAGAGAGGCAUCGUAGAGCCAAAUCUCUGGACUUCCAUCAAACACCAGUCACCCCACAAAUGACUGAAGUACCACAUACAGAUCACACGGAUGGUCCACAGCUUGGAGCUGGGUUGGGAGAUGGCACGCAUUCUAAAGUAAAGACUGUGCUAGAAGAGGACCCUGACUUAUUACAGGAUGACAUCUCACAAGAGAGGGAAGAGAUUUCCGGGCCUAGGGACAAGCCACGACAGUCCUCUAUAGCCCUCAGGCAAGGCAGUCGUGACAAGAGAGAUAUUCAGCUCGCUCUGAGGACUCACCGUGAACGUAACUCGAUGCUGUGUCGUGUGAACAGCGAGCUGAAUCAGGAGCUACAGGAGGUGAUGGAGCAGAGGAUCGCCUUGGAGAUCCAGCUGGAGCACCUCAGGCCCUUCUCCAGCUAGUCCACACUCACAUACACGCGUGCACGCAGUGCUCUCAUGCUCACCAUGCUGGUUGCCUGUCCGCCAUGGGAUGAGCAUUCAGUUUUUGGAGUCAGACACCUAAUUCCACUGACUACAUGCCUCUUCUGUUGACCUGUCCCCUUUCAGUCGUCCACAUCCCAAGUAUGCCCCUCCAUCUACGCAAAUUAAUUCUGCUGUGUCGGCUUGGCCUUCGAUUGACCAGUCCUCCUGUGUUGACUAGUCCUCAUACAUACAUGUACAUUGACUCGUACAUUGACUAGUAUAUUGACUAGUACAUUGACUAGGAUAUUCAAUGAUGGACCAGUCCUGCUGGGUUUAUCAGCCAUAUGUGUGCAUGUGUCCCUGGAUAGUAGGCUAUCCACCCAUUUGCCUGGCCUGUAUCCUAGAUAGGCUGUAUGAGGGGACAGAGUGUGUUUCACAAGGGCAAAGAUCUUGGCCAUUUGAGGACAGGGUUAGUGGUGGUGUGUGCAGGAUCUCAGAGGUCAUGGUGAUUUCAGUUGUGAACAUAACAGUGGACUGUGGAUAAUUAGGGAGGACAAAAUUGGGACAUCAGUAAGAGGGUAGAUUGAAACAGUUGACUGUGUAAGAUAAGCAAGGAUGUAUCUAUCUUCACUGUCAGGACAGCUGGUAAGAGUGGACUGUAGAGGAUUGGUAACAACUUGGAACUGUCAUCAUUGCAAGAUCCAGUAGCAAAAGUGUGCUGUGCCUCAUGGAUGAGGACAAGGUUUUAACAUGACUGAAAGUCCAGGGUUCAUCUUCAGUACUCAGUGUUAACUCAUAUUUAAUGCUGAUGCAACAGUUUUGGUGAGUGAUUCUGCAAAGUUCAUAGAUCCCUAAGCCCGGAUUUGAUUUCAGAACCUUGAACACUUGUGUACUCAUUUCCACUGAAGCACUAUAGGAAACUGUGUCAUAUAUAUAUUUUUUUUUUUUUUAAUAAUUUGUGCCUGUGCAUAUGGACCAUUACACUAGCAAAGGACAAGCAGAAAACUGAAAUAAUUCCUACGGGAGUGAGGGCUCAAAACAUAUUACAUGUACAUAUACAAACAAGAAUGUAUUAAGAGAAAUGUAAGUCCUUGUGAACUGCUGAUAUAAUGUUAAGGUACAAUUUUCUGCUGUAAUACUAUUUGGCUGGUCUUUUGUGAAAGGUGUUCUGACACAAGGAUGAAGUGUUGCAAUGUGGACAUUGGACUGUACCUCUGGUCUGGACUGAUGAAUGCUAAUGAACUCAUGUUUUCCCUGAUAGUCCUGAAGUAGUUUAUAUCUGUAUGUUUCUGACUGUAGGUCUGUCAGGCUGCCAGAUUAGGACUAAAUAGUCAUGUAAAGUCACACUUGUCAUAUUGCCCUCCCUGUGGUGACGGAAUCAGUUUUAACUGUAUAGAGUGCUAACCAUAGCCUGUCUUAACACAUAAACCAUGUAUGUAUGACUGUAAAUACUGUCAGAGGAAUAGCAACAUUUUUUCAGUGCUAAUAAAAUAAUGUAAAUUCCAUAACCAUAUAUCAGCUGUGUGCGCGCUUGUCAGGUGUUGGCCUCUGCCAUACUCAAGGGGAAUAAUCCAUGUGAACAAGUAUUAAUGCUGUUGUCAGCCUGUGAUUGUUUAUAUAUAUAUAUAUAUAAAUAUAUAUGUAUAUGUGUAUAUCUACAUAAAUAUUGUAAAUUGUCUGAUUUGGUGGACAAAUGAAUCUGUCAGAAAUGUCUAAUGAUGUCCUACCAUUGAGUUUGACCAGUGAGGUGCUGACAACUGUGGCAUUUAAACACAGAUCUGGGUGUUAGGGCUGGGAGCUCAUCAUUAGAGCACUGUACCAUCAGCCUUGGGAGGCAAAUAAAUAGCUGGAUAUAGUCGUAAGUACGCAGCUGGGCCUUUUGUCAUGUUUUACAAUGGGCCUUCGGAUACCGUUAAAAAUUCAAUGCUACUGAAGAAAAAAAAAAAGUUGUAGCUGAAGAUACUGUAACAUACAUAGCUGACAAAAGUCAUUGUGUGUCUGUUGAAAUAUGAAUGCUUGUGUGGUGGCAUGACAGACCCUCUGUCCCCCUUCCCCCUCUGUAACACAAAUCUAUCAGGAUAGAACCCUGGUCUUCCACUUCACAAUUCUAACGUAUCCUCCUAUUGGUUGGUCAACGGCUGUUUUCUUGUCCAUAACUGUGCUGUCCAGCUGUACACCAUUUCUUACAUGAUCAGUCACAUUUCAUAUAGAUCUGCUGGUAACCUAACCUCUUGUAUGCAUUCAGCUUCAAACUUGUAAAUAAAACAUUGCCUGGGUGUAUUAAUAUCUGAGCUUCACAAACAAUAUAUCAGUGUAGACCGUGUGUCAGUUACCUGUAGCUUUCCCUGCCAUUUUGAUGCUCGGAGUGAAGUGAAUCUGUAGACUCGAUGGUGGGCAUAUUUAACAUAGAACUCUUAAUGAUUGUAUUGUACACUUCACUCCUUAUAAUGCUGUGUGUUUAAGUUGCCUGCUCUGCUGCAGUUGUUCAUGAUCCAGGAAGGAAGGGUGUGCCAAGGAUGGGAAUAUGUCUGCAGGUAACUGGCAUACGGCCUACUUAGAAACAACAGAUCACAUAUGUAAAACCUGUUGGAAUGUUCUGAGAGUAUUUCGUUGCCAUAAAGGUCAAUAAAUGUGAUGUU